AUGGGUUCUCGAUUCCCAUCUCAUCAGUUGAGCAGUGGCCUUUAUGUAUCUGGCCGGCCUGAGCAGCCAAAAGAAAGGACUCCAACUAUGAGCUCAGUUGCCAUGCCUUAUACAGGCGGGGAUAUCAAAAAGUCUGGAGAACUUGGAAAAAUGUUUGUUAUCCCAACAACGGAUGGCUCGAGAUCACGGAAAUCUGGACCUAUCAACAAUGCCCCGUUGAGAACUGGAUCCUUUGGUGGCACUACUUCUCAUUCAGGUCAACUGAAUUCAGUCAAUCGUAUGACUUCUGCUGGAGGUACUUGAUCUGUUUCUCUGAAGAAGACCAAUUCUGGGCCUUUAAAUAAACAUGGGGAGCCUAUGAAGAAGUCCUCUGGUCCUCAAGGUGGUGUAGGUACUGUUUCGUCCCGCCAAAAUUCUGGACCUAUCCCCCCAGUUCUCCCUACCACAGGCCUCAUUACAUCUGGUCCGCUAAACUCUGCUGGAGCUCCUCGAAAAGUGUCAGGUCCUUUGGAUUCAACAGGGUCUAUCAAAUUGCAGCAUUCUGCUAUAGUUAAUAACCAAGCUGUUACUCGCAUUAACCAAGGUGAAGAAUAUUCCUUCCGCAAGAGCUUCCCGAAGCCAAUAUUUUGGUCCAUCAUUCUUUUAUUUGUGAUGGGAUUUAUUGCUGGUGGCUUUAUCCUUGGUGCUGUCCGCAAUCCCAUUCUCCUCGUAGUUGUUAUUGUCCUUUUUGCUGUAGUCAGCAUGGUGUUCACGUGGAAUAGUUGUUAUGGAAGAAAAGCUAUCAUUGGUUUCAUUUCUCAGUACCCAGAUGCUGAGCUUAGAACUGCAAAAGAUGGCCAAUUUGUUAAAGUUUCUGGGGUUGUUACCUGUGGAAAUGUUCCUCUUGAAUCCUCAUUUCAGAAGGUUCCUAGAUGUGUUUAUACAGUCACAAGCUUAUAUGAGUACCGAGGGUGGGAUUCAAAAACUGCUAACGCAGAACAUCGCCUGUUUUCUUGGGGGCUUCGUGCAAUGGAGCGGCAUGUCACUGAUUUCUAUAUCUCCGAUUUCCAGUCUGGAUUAAGGGCUUUGGUCAAAACUGGAUAUGGUGCAAGAGUAACCCCUUAUGUUGAAGAGUCUAUUAUUGUAGAUAUCGAUCAAUCAAACAGGGACAUGUCACCCCAGUUUGUUAGAUGGCUGGCGGAGAGAAAUCUAUCCAGUGAUGACCGAAUAAUGCGAUUGAAAGAAGGGUAUAUAAAAGAAGGUAGCACUGUCAGUGUAAUGGGAGUUGUCCAGCGGAACGAUAACGUUUUGAUGAUUGUUCCUCCUCCAGAGCCAUUUUCAACGGGAUGCCAGUGGGGUAAAUGCAUUCUUCCAGCCAGUCUGGAGGGCAUUGUAUUGAGAUGUGAGGACAGUUCAAAGAUUGAUGUUAUUCCAGUGUAGCAAUUUUAUCAUUCAAGAAGGCUCUGCUGUUUUGGUUUUACAGUUGCUGGAAAACCCUCUUCCAGUGGCAACAAGAAUGGUUUCUUGACACGGUUAACCAGAUGUAUAGCUUGUCAAUUCAAUUUUAUUAUUUUUCUUUUCCCUGUAAUGUCGUUGGUUUGAUCAAUUGUGUAGAGGAAACAUGUUGAUCAGUGAGGAUUUAUGAGAGUUCUUUUGGCUAGAAAGUCAGAUACUUUUAUUGA